UUAAACUUUGCCCAUUUGCUUUGUUUGGAAGUAUACAAUGGAUAUGGAUGCGACAGUGUGCCAUACUUAUUGCGAUUCAUUCUCGUUUAACUAUCGAUGGACUGUUGGAAACUUAAAGGCUUUUGUUGAUAGUAUCAAUAGAGGUAGUAUCAAGAGCUCAAGCUUCUACCCUGGAUUUUGUAUCGAAGGGAAAAAGGCCGAGUGUGUGCUUUCCCUUCAAGCUAGCUGUUUAAAGUAUCCUUUUGUUACCCAUACAUGCCCCAAUGGAGUUACAAGUCGAAGUGAUGCUAGUAAAUGCACCUGUGUGAGGCUUGAGGUGUGCUUACAGUGUGAGCCAAGUGUGAGGCUUUUAGCUAACGGAAGCCUAUCUCUGAUGGCUCUUGUUGAAGAUCAGAAGUUGGAUGUUCCAGCAAAUUUUUGCAAGGCUAAAAAAGUAUCUGUGAAAUCAGAAUUGGUUAACUUUUCUAAAGUCCUAAAUAUUUCUGUUGUCGUUUCUCAAAAAGAAUUAGAAUUGGGUUCUAGCAAGUACACUUACAACGACUCUCUUAGUGUUUACUGUAAGAUGACUGUGCAUAUGGUGAACGAACUCAAACACACAACCAAUUCCAUCCCACUUGUUGCUCCAGUAAGCGUAUCAGCUGCGUUAAACAAUGACCGAGAAAACCAAAUAUUCACUGAUGCUUCAAUUAAAUGCGGAGAGAAGCAAUUUGAAGUUCAUCGAGUUGUAAUUGCUUCUCAAUCACCCUUCUUCAAGUCAAAGAUAAAACGUUGGAAAACAAGUGAUAAUACGAUCGAUAUGUCCGAUCUCGAACCUCAAAUUGUUCAGACCAUCAUUGAACACAUGUAUGGUCAAGAGCAAAUCCCUGAUCUCAAUGUACUGGCUCCUGACCUCUUAGCAGCAGCUGAUAAGUACCAACUCUCUUCUCUCAAGAACCUCUGUGAAAAAGCCCUCCUAAAUGAGCUGACUGACUCGAACGCCGUCACUCUACUCAAGCUGGCCAAUACUUACAAUGCUCUUCAUCUCCGGGAGAAGAUUUUGGAGUUUGUGAAUGCCAGGCCUAUUAAGUUGGACAUGGUGAAGACAUUGGUUGAUAGUUAAAAUUAAUGAUUGUUAUACUACAUAGUUAUUGUUGAAGGAGAAUGAAUUGUUUAGACUCUGAGAAUUUUGCUUACCUUUUGAUACUUUAUGGAAUGUGUUAAUGUGUUAUUUCUUACUUCUAGUAUGUAGCUAGCCUUCGCAUUGUUAAUUAUAAUUUUAAUUUUGGCCUUAUAGUUAUUGUGUGGUCGGAACACUGCUAUAUGCUUUAGUUUUUAA